UCCGCUUGCGGUGGCGGCGCCCAGCGGCUGCCGGGUUCACCUGCGGGUCCCUAAGCGGGGCGCUGCCUCCGCAACCGCAGCCGCUGCCUAGACUACAGGAGCCGCGCCCAGGGGGCAGCCCGCAGUUGGGGAGCAGCGAUGAGCAGCGACUCGGACCCUGAGUGCCCAGUUGACGGAGAUAUUGGUCAACAAGAUAUGGUUCCGACUAAGAAGAGCACUGUUCUCAUGGAUGGGGUCAUACUGAAUGGUCCCACAACAGAUACAAAAGCAAGAGAGAAAUUUGUUGAAGAGGCCUGUAGGCUAAUCAUGGAAGAGGUGGUUUUGAAGGCUACAGAUGUCAAUGAGAAGGUUUGUGAAUGGCAGCCUCCUGAACAACUGAAACAACUUCUUGAUUUGGAGAUGAGAGACAUGGGGGAGCCACACCACAGGCUGUUGGAACUCUGCCGGGAUGUCAUACGCUACAGUGUCAAAACCAACCACCCAAGAUUUUUCAACCAGUUGUAUGCUGGACUCGAUUAUUAUUCCUUGGUGGCCCGAUUUAUGACAGAAGCAUUAAAUCCAAGUGUUUAUACAUAUGAGGUGUCCCCAGUGUUUCUGUUAGUGGAAGAAGCGGUUCUGAAGAAAAUGAUUGAAUUUAUUGGCUGGAAAGAAGGGGAUGGAAUAUUUAACCCAGGUGGCUCAGUGUCCAAUAUGUAUGCCAUGAAUUUAGCUAGAUACAAAUAUUGUCCAGAUAUUAAGGAAAAGGGGCUGUCCGGGUUGCCAAGAUUAAUCCUUUUCACAUCUGCAGAGUGUCACUACUCCAUGAAGAAGGCAGCCUCCUUUCUUGGGAUUGGUACUGAGAAUAUUUGCUUUGUGGAAACAGAUGGAAGAGGUAAAAUGAUACCUGAGGAACUGGAGAAGCAAAUCUGGCAAGCCAGAAAAAAGGGAGCAGCACCCUUUCUUGUCUGCGCCACCUCGGGUACAACUGUGCUGGGCGCGUUUGACCCUCUGGAUGAAAUAGCUGAUGUCUGCGAGAAGCACGGCCUCUGGCUUCAUGUGGAUGCUUCUUGGGGUGGCUCAGCUCUGAUGUCCAGGAAGCACCGCAGGCUUCUGCAUGGCAUCCACAGAGCUGAUUCCGUGGCCUGGAACCCCCACAAGAUGCUGAUGGCAGGAGUUCAGUGCUGUGCUCUCCUUGUCAAAGACAAAUCUGAUCUUCUUAAGAGAUGCUACUCUGCCAAAGCAUCUUACCUCUUCCAGCAGGAUAAAUUCUAUGAUGUCAGCUACGACACAGGAGACAAGUCUAUCCAGUGUAGCAGGAGACCAGACGCAUUCAAGUUCUGGAUGAGCUGGAAGGCCCUGGGUACAUUAGGCCUUGAAGAGAGAGUGAAUCGUGCUCUUGCUUUAUCUAGGUAUCUAGUAGAAGAAAUCAAGAAAAGAGAAGGAUUCAAGUUACUGAUGGAACCUGAAUAUGCCAAUGUUUGCUUUUGGUACAUUCCACCGAGCCUCAGAGAAAUGGAAGAAGGGCCUGAGUUCUGGGCAAAACUUCAUCUGGUGGCCCCAGCCAUUAAGGAGAGGAUGAUGAAGAAGGGGAGCCUGAUGCUGGGCUACCAGCCCCACCGGGGGAAGGUGAACUUCUUCCGCCAGGUUGUGAUCAGCCCUCAAGUGAGCCGGGAAGACAUGGACUUUCUCCUGGAUGAGAUAGACCUGCUGGGUAGAGACAUGUAGCUAUGGCUUUUGGUCCCCCAGAGGCACGGGUUCUGUCCUAGAGAGGGUUACAGAUCCAGUCUGGGGCACGCAGGGGGUUCCAGCCCUUCUGAUGAGAAAUAGGAAACACAUCCCAUCCAGGCCCAGCAAAACCAAAAUGCUAAGUGAAUAGUGUUAAGGAUUCUAGCUGCCUGGGCAUUGCAAUUGCUAUAAAAGAGGAAGUGAAAAAUGCAUUUCUCCAGGAUUGUCCCUGGGACAAAGAAUUGAAGAGAUUAGGAAGUGCCAGGUAGUGCCUGGAAUCCAAGCUUUCGUUGCUCUCUAAAGAAGGUAUAAAUUAGUUGUUUAAAGCAGCGUUUCUCAAAGGGAGGUCCCUGGACUAGCAAGCAGCAUGAGUAUCACCUGAGAACUUAUUAGACAUGCAGACCCUUAGCCCCGCCCCAUACCUCCUGAAUCAGAAACUCUGGCGGUAGGACCCAGUCUUCUUCCCGUGUUUUAAGGAACCCUCCAGACGCUCCUGAGGCAAGGUAAGAUCUGAGAACUAGUGGUUUAGUGAAACUUGAUAAUGACUGAAUAGCCCCUCUGAUGUUUUGCCAGCAAAGGCAUAUCUAAUAUUUCAGUGGUCCCUGAGCCAGUCUUUGAAAACAUAUGUAGCUGUGGCAUCGGUAGCAAAAAUGUUUAGGUGCAUCAGAAGUAUAUAGCCAAGCUGUUGUUCAAAAGAGAAACUACACAAGAUGCUUACUUUAUAAAGGUGUAUCUUUCAUGCCGGCUGAAUGCUUAUUCGCAAAAGUUGAAAUUAACCAUUAUCUAUUCUAAAUGACUUAAGAGAUAAGAAUAAAAGACAAACACUUUGUGGCA